AUUACAAUUCUGGAAACCAAGAUACCUACUAAAAUCCCGGAGUUAUUUGAACAACAAUGGCUGCCUGUGAAGGAAAAGUUUUUACCGAAGAGCAAGAAGCUUUGGUGGUCAAGUCAUGGACUGCAAUGAAGAAGAACUCGGCUGAAUUGGGUCUCAAAUUCUUCUUGAAGAUUUUUGAGAUUGCACCAUCAGCCACAAAACUGUUUUCAUUCUUGAGAGACUCGAAUGUUCCAUUGGAGCAAAACACAAAGCUCAAGCCCCAUGCAAUGUCUGUCUUUGUUAUGACAUGUGAAUCUGCGGUUCAGCUACGCAAAGCCGGCAAAGUUACAGUGAGGGAGACGACUCUGAAGAAACUAGGGUCCACCCACUUCAAGUAUGGUGUAGUUGCAGAACAUUUUGAGGUGACAAAGUUUGCUCUGAUGGAGACCAUAAAGGAAGCAGUUCCAGAAAUGUGGUCAGCUGAGAUGAAGAGUGCAUGGGGUGAAGCUUAUGAUCGUCUGGUUGCAGCCAUCAGGGCUGAGAUGGUGGCCUGCUCUCAGGCUUGAAGUGCUUCCUAAUUUGGGUUCAAUGAGAGUCGAAGGUUCAAUCAUUUGAUGCUGCGAGUGAUUGCUCAUACUUUCUGGGUUUUGUUGCUUCUUUGCUUGUGUGUUUGCAUUUGUCUUUUGUUGGCUUAUGUAGUUUCUUAGAUGAACAAUUAAUAUGAUAAGGGACCCAUCCCAUUUGAUUGAGUCAAAAUGUUGAAAAAUAACUCAUAGAUUUUGGGAGGAAAUAAUCACAAACUGACAAUUCGAGC